GAAAUGGCCGCACUUGACAAAAAGGCUUCACAUUCGCCAGUAGCAUUUUAGUAGCACGCUUCAACUCCAGGCAAAAGCAACAUGCAGCAAAGCAGUCGCCGUCUACUUCAACUGAUGCUGGCCACGGCCACAAUCUACAGUUGCCUCUCACCAGUUGUCUGCGUGUAUGAGGACACGAUCUUGAAUUUUCUGGAGGAAUUUCAGAAGCGUAUGUGUCACCCAAUUCCUAGCCUAGGCUUACCCGCAUUGGAUCCACUGCAGUUGGAACAUGUCGAUACGGCUGUUAACAAUCAAUACCUAAUCGACUUCACGGGUUCUGUUGACAAUUUCAAGUUGGAAGGCUUAUCUGAUUUCGUGGUAGACCCGCUUAGAAUUAGUAUAGUUCCAGGAUUUCAAACGAGUACCGUCAAUAUUACGUUUCCAUACACUUUCUUCAAAUCCUUGUAUACGGCCAAAGGUUCUUUGGCGUACAUUCUGAACUUGGCUGGGGAUGGAAAUGCAGAAGCCUUCAUUAAGGAUUUUAAUAUCCUUAUUACUUGGAGAAUUCGAGUUUCGACAUCAUUAGCAAUCACAGCCCUAAAUAUCCAAUUGCAUUUGGGCGAUUUGAAAAUUAACUUUGACAAUCUUAUGGAGGAGGAGCGUAUUAAUGAUUUCCUUCAUGCCUUGAUUAACGAAUUGGGUUUGGAACUACUGGGCGACGCCUGGGACUAUGGACAGGGCACCGUGAUUGAAAAAGCAGAAGCGCUCAUAAAUAGCAAAAUUGCUGAUAUUAUCAAAAUCGUUAUUGGUGGCGGUGGUGGAGAAGGCGAAAGUACGCCCAUUUUUGAGGGUGUCGAGCCGGAUUGCAAGCUCUUAAAAACCGUUGAAUAAGACUGACAAAUAAAUAGAUUGUAUUUUUUAAUAUUAGCAUG